CUAUAGCAGUGCGAACUUGAAUUUUAAAUCUUAUCGUUUGAAUUGACGAUAAGUAAUUCAAAAACAAGAAUGGAACGUGUAAAGAUUUCCUAAUUCAAUCCGAUAGUUUAGAAUGUGCAUAAUAGACGUCCAAACAAGGGUACCUUGCUCCUAUUUCUUCUCAGAGCCACUGGUCUGGGCAUAUUUUUUUUCCCAUGUUGAUUUAUUUUCGCAGCAAAAGGCUAUUUAAGGGAGGCUUUGACAGGGGCCAUGAAGAUAAGUAUCAAAGUACUCAGAGAUGUUAAACGGCAGGUCGACCGUUCCACCGGAACGUUAGUGUGUGGGAUACAACCAAAAUAGACACCAGGAAUAUUUUGGAAGAUUAAAAGACAAAUGUUUAAUGUAAAUUAUGUAAUCUUGUGAAUGUGGAUAAGGAAGGAAUCGGAAUUUGCGGAAGACAGAAGUGUGAAAGACAGAUGGACCUUUAUGAAUCCUUUUAACUGUUAAUCGUUUUGUGUUACAUCAGUUGAUUCAUUUUGCAGAUUUUCGGAUAGAGAGAUUUUUCUCUUGAGAAUACACGGAAGUACAAGUGACAUUGGUCGAAAGAGAAAACACGGGUGAUUUAAAGAGGACUCGAUGCUAAGCGGCAGCUAGGUUUAGCCCAUUCAUCAGCAGAUUAAGUGUGUGUUUAAGUCAAUCUGAGAGGAUAUCAAAAAUUUAUGACGCUACAUGUUUUUAAAACGAAUUCCAAAUUGGCUAUCGCGACAUUACGGACACACUGUAAUGGGAGGGCCUUGCAGCCAACCCGAUGGCGGAAUUUAAAGGAUCAACAACCCAGCACGACUUGCGCAGUGGAUUAUCAAGCGUUAAUCCCAGUGUUCUUGGUCUAAACGGAUCAACCUUGGUGUCGCAUGUUUGCCUGGAAGCUUGAACUAUUUGAUUCUGUGGCUAGUUUACCAAUAUUUCUGCCAGAGACUAGAAUAAAUGUUUACUCGGGACUCAAAGCUCUAAAUGCAUAUACGUUCGGACGCAAAUCUUUCGAAUUGAUCGUUGGGUAUCGCUUCUAGCCGAGUUCAAUGUUCCAAACCUGUGAUUGAUAUUUUUUUUCUGACAUUCCGAUGUAUAAGUUACUUUUGAUGUCGAUUUUUAACCUACCUGUUUGAACACACUGUUCACUUCGCGACAGUCAUACCAUGGGGCCAUUGGUUGGCUCCUAUAGGGAGGAAGAUAAGGAGAAUUACAGCAUGCCGCGAACUCCGUAUUCAAGAAGGACGAGAAGUUCGGACGACGGACUUAUGGCGUUCGAUUCUUGUUCUGAGUUCAGCUUUGAUGACUCCUUGACAGACGAAGGCCGUCUGUCCAGAUCCCUUCAAUCGUGGAUGCCCAAUUACGUCAUUGUACCGAUUGAACCCAUGGUCAAACCGCCCCGGCAGCCGGUGUACUCCGGGCGACUGGGUAAAAUGCCGAGUUUACAACGUGUUCCGAGUGAUGAGUCCAUUCAUACUAAAUUAUCCCUGCUCUCUUGUUCAACACGAGACAUAUCUCCUGAUGAACGUUUAAGCACUGCUACUAAACGUCGACGUACCAGGAGGAGAAACGUGGGUUCAAGAGCCCAGUCGGCAAAUGAAAAGCCAAAACUGAACUGGGAAGAUUUCGCGAGGCAGCGUUCGAAAGGUGCUCUAGAUAAAUUUUCAAAAACGCACAACGCAAUGCGAAUGGAUGUAAUCCAGCAAUUCGAAGAUGACGAAAGUGAGGCUUUCCGAAUGAUGGACAAAGACGAACAGAGAAUGUUGAAAGCAGUUGGCAUCAGAAGAAGUCGGUUAUACGGAGGGGAGCUCAAAAAGUCUCCCAGCCUCAGUGACGUCAGAAAUACGUAUACUCCUCCCAAACCCAAAACUACCACGAAUCGGAGGUCGUUGUCAGUUGGUGCUAAACCUCGAAGUCGCGGGAUAAACUUAGAGGAAAUAAGACAACAGAGAAUAAGAGAAAAAAUAGCUCUGAUGCAACAGAGACAACGCUCCAGGGGAGGCAGACGUUCGUUUCUCGCUCAUCGAAAACAAACUCGGACGACCAUCACCACGACUUCAAGCACGGGUUCAAACGCACCGGCCACGCCCUCCCCUCGAUCAGUGUCUCCAGCUAACAACAACCCAGAGGAACAGGUAUCCGUGUGGAAGGGCGACCAACAGAUCCUGGAGAUGGAUUUACGGCGGGGCUUGACGAAACGUGUUCAGAAAAAAAUUAUGUCUACCACAAUGGCAAUUAAUCUAGUAACUGGUUACGGGGAAUCAAACGAACAGCAACGGGUGAUUGGUCGCCACGAGGAGUUUCCCUCCUAUGUCGACGAAGACUAUUGCUCCGUCCCCAAGAUGGUACAGAGGAUUCGUAUCACGCCAGAUUUAAGCAUGGUCAUUAAAGACGAUAUACGUGUUCGAAUGGGAAGACCUCGAUAUCACGAGAUAAAGACUAGGGAUUUGGAAGUGUGGAACAGGGGACAGUUGUUGAACCGAUCCCACAGGAACCUGAAGGUGUUCAACUGGCUCCACAGUCUAAAGGAGAACGAGUUUGAGAAAGACAUUGAGCCAUACAUUGAUGACAGCAUUCCCGCCUCUCCUGAUGACGUAGACGUUCUUCACAUCGAGGCGGCGGACGAGCCCGACAUUAAGCCACUCUAUUUGAAAAAGUUUAAAAUGAAGGGCAAGAAAAGAAAAGUUUAACGAAAAUAUGUUAGAUCAUUUUGCAUUUAAAUUAUCAUUUACCUGUGUUCAUGUUUUUUUUUUAUAAAAAAGAUAUACAUCUUUCAAAA